GUGAAAAGUGAAAACCACCUCAACUCUAAGUUGGGGAAAGGAUAAUAGGAUAACGUCCUUCUUUCUCUCAAUCUCUCUCUAAGCACCAUACUAAACAUGGCAGCUGCAUCACCUUCAUCAAUUUCGUUCUUUUCGUCCUCAAUUUUUCUCUCCAAUUCAAACCCUUCUUCCACAAAACUCCAUUUCCUCAAACCCCAGUCCCACUCCAGAUUACGAGUUUCCACCACUAUCCAUUCUGAGCUAACAACUCUCCCCGUGCUCUCGUUCGAAGGGAACCAAGUGGGCUCCGCCACUCUCAACUUGAAGUCCGCUCCACCCGAAACCGCACGCGCCGUCGUCCACCGCGGUCUCACUACUGACCUAACGAACAGCCGCCGGGGCACUGCUUCAACCCUCACCCGCGCGGAGGUCCGUGGUGGAGGUCAGAAACCUUAUCCUCAAAAGAAAACCGGUCGCGCUCGUCGUGGUUCCCAGCGCACUCCCCUUCGCCCAGGUGGAGGUGUCAUUUUUGGCCCCAAGCCGAAAGACUGGUCCGUCAAGAUUAACAAGAAGGAGAAGAGGCUCGCUAUUUCCACCGCUCUUGCCAGUGCGUUUGAGAGCACGGUUGUGGUUGAGGAUUUUGGUGAUAAAUUCGAGAAGCCGAAAACGAAGGAGUUCAUUGGCAUGAUGAACAGGCUGGGGCUGGAUCCGAAGAAGAAAUCCAUGUUUUUGAUGACAGAAGUUUCGGAUAAUGUGAGACUGUCGAGUAGAAAUAUUGGGACUCUGAAGCUGUUGACGCCCAGAACUCUGAAUUUGUUCGACAUUUUGGAUUCUGAGAAAUUGAUUCUCACCAAAGGCGCUGUGGAGUUCUUGAAUGAGCGGUAUGGGCUUGAUAGUGAGGAGGAUAAAGAAGAGGACGAGUUUGAAGAAGUGGAAGAUGCUGAUGAAGGAACUGAGGUAGAAGGGAACCCUGAUUCAUCAGAUGAUGCUGUCGUCUAGUCGGUUGAUUUACAAAGUCGCUCUACCAGAAAACUGGUGAAAGACUCUGGAGUUGUCGAGACCAACAUUCAAAUUUAGUUUCUGACAAUUGUAUCAGUUCUGGCUGUAACACCUCAGCAAAUCAUUUUACCUAUCACAUAAUUGUUUCUUGCUUCCGAUUUCUGUUUUGUCAUUAAAAUUUUUGACUCAGUUGGUAACUGAUAAUGUUGGACGUAUCGUGUGCUCGCAUUGGCUGCUGAGAAAUUAAUGUUAAUCCAAGUGUCUACUAAAGUGUUUGUAUCCA